AUGGCAAAUUCCAACCAACUAAGACCUUAUGAGAAGGAAAAUUACCCUAUCUCACUUGAAAUAAUAUAUUAUGGUAACCAAAAGUUUAAUUAUACAAUUAUUCAAGAAGGUAUUUACCUAUCAGCUGUGAAAUUAUGUUAUAUCGAAACGCCUAAUUAUUUUCCUAUCCCUGACAAUUAUAUUAUUCAAACUACUUGGAGUCAGACCAGUAACCAUUGUACUAUUCAAUGUUACAUACAUUAUGUAGAAGGAAUUCCGCAUCAUUUAAUUUGUUUUGGAAGUAAUUUCCAAUAUCAAGUUGUUUCUGUUCAAUCUCUGUUUGAUGCUUCUGUUGAAUUACAUAGG